CAGCGGGGAAAGAUCUCCCCCGCAAGCUCGACAUGUUCAGCGGAGAUUCAAGGCACCGCCGACGAUGGGCGGAGAUGCGGGACUCGAGUCCGGGAGCGCUGUGUCCGACAUCCCUCCCCCUGUUGCCCCGCCGCUCUCCCGCCUCCGGAGGCUCCGGUGUCCUGGCCCGGCUUGUCGCACUAGCCCACCCGUACAAGACGGAGUACAUGGAUGGUAAACUAAAAUAAUAAUAGUAAUCGGAAGCAUGUGUGAGAAGGACACUGACAGACCGCGGGAAUUUAAACGGAGCAGAAAACCCGCUCAUCCCAUGAAGAGAGAAAUCAAGUCGGAGGUGAAGAGUCAUGCUGAGAGUACAAUGAACGAGUUGUUGAGCUGGUACAAAUAUGGCAAGGCCGAUCGGAGAGAUCCAGACACGAUGGAGGGUGGCCUCAGCAUAUCUACCCUGAAAGAAAACUGUGCACCGAAGGAGAAGAAGACGGGUGAAAGUCUCAGUUCUCUGGCAGUGGUAAUGAAGAAGGGAAGGAUGGAUUCAUCCUCUGUCACUGAGCAGGCCAAAAUUCAGAUCUGUUCUCCACAGAUUACCUCUUCUCAGAUAAAGAUACCAGCAGAGCAGGAUGUGUUGAGCGAGCAGGUCACGUGUGCCUGGUGUCAGAAGGCUGGGGCUCGUAGGUACUCCCUCCAUAUGGGCAGCGAGCUCAAGAGCUUCUGCAGUGAGAAAUGCUUUGCUGCUUGCCGCCGGGCCAACUUCAAACAUAACAAGGCAAGGGACAGAAACGGCCAAGAUGAGGACUCACCUCAGCAAAGCAAGUGGAAGGAAACAUCCAGGCAAGGAAUCAAAGUUAUCAGUGAAUCUCUGGUGUGUGACUGGUGCAGACAUGUGUGCCACACCACAGAGUACUUGGACUUUGGUGAAAGUGAGAGACGACUGAACUUCUGCAGCCCUAAGUGCCUGAACCAGUACAAAGUGGGCGUUUUCUACAAGGAAAGCCAUGCAAAGCAGCAAGGUGUGGAGACCAGGACGAAGAGCUGCGAAACAGGGCGGAGACUUCUUGGACCUGAAUCCUGGAAUUUGCCACAGGGAGACCUGCGCCCCCAGGUCAAGACAAUUACAAGACCCACUGAGACCACCCUUGCUUCAUCCAUUGAAUCCAGAGUGGCUUCUGCCUCCCCCGCUUUCUGUGUUCCUGUGGUUCAUACAUCAGGACCCCAGAAUCAGAAGAGUCUCAAUCUACCAUCUGUCACUGGUGUCCCGGUCAACAUCCCAAAUGAGAUGAUCCACCACAGCCCUGCAGCCUCCUCUACUGAACAUCAGAGGAAUUGCUCUCAACCACCAGCCUUGUGGAAGCCCCCGUACAGCACUGCUUCUCAUGGUACUCUGAUGAACCUCCACCCUACUCCAACUGCUAGAGGUCCACCACCCCCCGACAGCUCCAUUCCCAAAUCAAUGAAUUUCUCCCAUUCCCAGCCUCUUCCCACCACAGCUGCAGUACCUGGCACUCCAGCAUGGCCAGUGCCACCGUACUUGGCCACUCACACACCUGUCCCACCCUUUGUACCCAACAGUAUCAUAUCAAAUCACUAUAUAGCAAUGCCCCAGGGGAGCUUCAGUUUUACUCCUCUGGUGCCUUCUCCCACACUGUUGGUGCCAUACCCCAUUAUUGUUCCUCUGCCUGUGCCAGUCCCCAUUCCCAUACCAUUCAGAGCACGGAGUACCCCUCAGGGCAACAGGGACAUUGUUCCAGGCCUGCCGACAGGGGAAGAUCAGUCUGAGAACCUCCAUGCACCAUCUUUAGCAGAUGCAGGAGAGAACCAGGGAGGCUCCGAGAAGAAGCCGACAAAAGACAAGACCUCUGAGCAGAGAAACUUCACCCAGCUGACUUUCACAACAGCCCAUGAGCAGGGGAGGGCUAAUACAGAUCACAGUGUGAAGGUUGGGACUCCAGAUGUGUCCUGGUCCAUGUCUUUAUCCCCUAAAGGCAUGUGCCAAAGUGAGGUGACGGACUUGACAUUUGGCCCAGGACCUGAGGAGUUAGACUUGCCGUUAUUGGGCAAGACAAGGACAAGCAGCAGUCCCAUGACCCCUACUGUUACUCUAGCUUGUGAGAGACCAAGUGACCGUGAAAGCAGGUCCCAGUGCAACUUUGAUAAUACACGACUGGGGAAUGGCAACAUGGGGGCGGAGCCCAGUCCAGCCACUCCCUGCACCAUAAACGUCACGGCACCUGUGUCCAUCCGAGGGGUGACCUUCUCUGAGGAUGCAGCAGUUGGUGAGCCGGAACCACCUAAGGAGAAUGAGUGGAUGGCCCUGGGGACAAAUGCCAGAAGGGAUGUCCCAUCCAGUGAAGGAGAAGAUGGGGGGGACAGGGACGAGUCUAGUUCCACAGAUGAGGAGCACCCCUACACUCCCGCCAUACAGACUGGGGAAAAGCCUGGGAGGAGGAGCACUAUCAGGGUCACCUGUGUGACAGCUGCAGAGGAACUGGGAGCACUAGAACUCCCACCAAAGAGGAGGUGUCUGCGCAUUCGCCAUCUAAACAAAUGAAAGAGAAGAGCUGCCUGCAGCAGCAGCCCCGAUGGCUCUUCCUCCAAAGUGGUUUGGCGGGGGGAGUCACAGCAGCUUGGGUGGGACAGUGGUCAUACAGAGACAUGAAAGGGGUUCACCGAGUGCAAAUAAGCAUGGGGAGAUCCUGUAACAAAACAAAAUACAUUGGCUCCUCAAAUUAUAGAUACAGUUAAGACCUGCCCUGUUCACAGUUCAAUUUGUUCCUAACUCCAAAGUCACUUUCACCCACUAAGUCCCAUUCAAUAAAAGCUAAGUAAUACAGAGGCAGGUUGACUUUUUUGCAGGUCAGAAUCUGUAAAAGCCUUGGAUGUAGCUAUAGUGUCAUAAAACUUUACAUUUGAAUAUUUUUUGUCAAUUUCGGAUGAAUUAAAAAUUGAAGCUAGUUUAAAAAGACAGAAAAAAAUAUUGUUUCCACAAACUCCUUUUCAUGCCACAUUGUUCAAUAUCAUUAUGCUGUUACUGAUCACAAAUCAUGAACAAUAGAUAAUAACAUCUUGGCAGGUCAACACAGGCCACGUUCCCUCCAUCACAGAUAUUUUAAAACACGGAUACUAGUGAAUUAAAAAAAUUAAACAAAAUAAAUCACUCAC